UUUGCGAGAAAUUAAAUCCACAGCUUGUAGUUGUUAGAAGUUUGGACCCAGCAAAGAUCAUCUAGCAAUAUGGCGUCCAGGAUGACGGCUGCCCUGCCGGCGGCCGUCCUGAUCCUCCGGCUCCUCACCCUGGCCCUCCUCGUCGCCUCGCUCGCCCUCAUCGCCGCCGACAAGGUCAAUGUCGACGGCGACCCGCCGCAGAGGUUCACCUUCAAGGACGUCCACGCCUACCGGUACGUCUUGGCCGUGGCCGUCCUCGGGUGCGCCUACACGCUGCUGCACCUCCCGUUCGCGGCCGUCGGCGUCGCCCGGAGGAAGCGGCUCGUCGGCGGCGGCGGCGAGGACGUGGCGCUGCUCCUCGUCGUCGCCGACGUGGCCUUCGCGCUGCUGCUGGCGGCGGGCGCCGGCGCGGGGCUCGGCUUCACCCACGACGCGAAGCGCUACUUCGACGGGGUGGAGUUCGGCGGCACCGGCGGCUCGCCGGAGGACGACCGGCAUCAACGGGACGUGGACAGGUUCUUCGACCUGGCCAGCGCCUCCGCGGGGCUCGUGCUGGCGGCCGCCGCCUGCAUGGCGCUCAUGAUCAUUCUCUCCGUCUACUCACUCGUCAAGUCACGCAGUGACAGCUGA